GUGUCGAACGUGUGAACGACGAUAUAGAAAGUUAUAUCAUCGACUAACGCGUCGACGCGUCUGCCGUUGGGGGCUGUGGUAUGCGAGUUCCAAAUGAUGUGUUUACAGAUUAUGUCGCCCACCAGAACGACAAAGCUUUCCAUGCCGAGGAGCGCCUCGUUAUCACUGCUUAAAACGAUCUUAUCAGGUGGAAAAUAAAUGGACGCGACGAGUGUCCCGACAGUGAGAUUCGGCACCCUGAUGCUUCGAUGCUAGCGAGCGCGGGAGGAUCGAGUGGGAUGCAAUGCAGGGCUCUUCAGUUAAAUGAUGGUACCACCACCACAUGCAUGUGAUGCACGGAGUUGACAGGUAGUCUUUGAUAUAGAAAGUCGACCUUGACGAGCUCAGCUUCCAACUCUUCAGGAAUGCCACUUAUGACCGCAUGGAAUUCGCUCUCCUUCUCGAGCGUAUACGUAUGGAAACUUAUACGCUCCUUGCGGAGGUAAGAGGAGAGUGCCCUAUGGUCGUCGGAUGUCGUUACCUUUAUUUGAAUCCCGUUCACGAGGUUAUGGGCGCUCACGAAAUAUAUAUUUUUGGCCUUAAUGGCCAGGGAAACUCGGUUCCAAGCUGCCUUCUCUUCAAGGAUUACUCGCGGAGUCGCGAUGCAUUCGCGGCUUUGCUUGCUUCGGCGGCCGCGAGAGCUCAGGCUUCCGCAGUGCGCUUUUUACCUUUUUGAACCACUGUGAAUCCAUUAGUCGAGGGGGCAAGGGAAGAGCCGACCUCCAUGUCCGACUCCGAGUCGAAUGAAGAGGAGGGUGCAGGCGACCUGCAGUCGGGUAUUUUAGAGGGCGCGGGAGCGGCGGCCACGACGGAAGCCCCGGACAUAUGCUUGGGAUCAGUGGACGACGCGGGGCGGCGCGGAUGCCGCGGAAGAACGCUGUACUGGAACUGAGACCACACUGGUUGACUAGGGAGCUUUGCUAGCGAGUAUCGGUGACACGGGAGCGGUGGGAGCGACAGAAGCUGCGGCGUACAGCGCAGGAGGUUUCACGGCGCCUUUAGCUUUGUAAGCUAAAAAUUUUGAUUCGAGGGCUGGGUAUUUUUCCCGUAAAAAUUCCGCGAGCAGAGUGUUAGCUGGAGAGAACUCCAUUUCUUCUGACUGCCCAGUUGGAGCUGCCCCGGAACUUAAACACGAGCUCACUUUACGGCGAGGUCCCUGCGUCGGUGACACUAAAUUGGCGGAAACGAUUAUAGGGAUUUUAUUAAUGGUUCUACAUUGAUCCAGGGCCGCAAUGCCUUGCAAUUAGGCGCAGGUAGAAAUUCCUAGAAGUACACAUCAGUGGCACAUCUGGGCCACAGAUGUACCACGAAUAAUGACCUAUUAUCACACGUAGUCACUUCCGAUAAAAGACGUGGACACCAGAUGUACCACGAAUCGAGGUCGGGCGAUCGAACGAUCUACGAGAACGUCCGCACGUGACGGGUGCCUGAAUCGGAAUGGCAGGUGAGGUAUGAGAGGUCGAGGCCGGCUGCCCUCCACCUGGACACGCACCCGCAACUUGAACCCUGAUAUUAUCUUGCCAUGUUCUCAAUAAAUUAAUGAGAUAGUUUUUUUUGUUGUCGUUGUGUUCAUACAGUGUGGUAUUGGUUUGAACUGUAAGAGUAGUGCACACAAUAAUACGAAAAUAUCAAUUAAUUAAAAACGUUUGAACGGAUUUAAAAAACGGGUAAACUUAACACAAAUAUUCUUAAUGUUUUGGGUUAACACAUACAAUAUUAACACGUAGGUUAGUUUGUAUUAUGAUGAAUGGAAUCAUUCGGCCCAUACUGGGCCUAUUAUCUAGGUACUUUGUUAAAAAGAACGCGGGAGUCACGGUACACCUCUCAUGAACGAUAUAGUAUGUACUUCAGAUACGAUUUGACCUCAAGGGUAUCUGCUGUUUUUUCUAAACAUCUUUUAUGUUUCAUAAAUACUAAUCGGACAAAUACAGAAGCGUCAGUCGUGCUCUGUUGCUCGAAACGAUUCCAAGAUGAGGGUGCUGUUAGUUUGCCUGGCAGGUUUACUGGUCUGCCUGAAGACGGCUGAUUCUCACUCAUUGCCGCAAAAGGAUUACGGCACCAGCGGAAAUAAUAGCAGCUCGGAUCCCCACAGCUCCACCGGAAACCUCGAUUCUAACACCACAACGUUUAUUGUGCGUUUCGUAACUAGGAAUGACAAGAAAGAGUCCAUGGGCAUCUAUGCCCACAAGAACGGCAAAGUAAAAAAAAUUUUAGAAGACGGCCUUGCCAUCUCAGAUUGGCCUCCGAACCCGCGAACCUAUUUGGGCAAUAAGGACGGUAUCUACGCUUACGACAAAGAAACAGAGAAGCUUGAGAAGUACGGCAAUCUGAGUGACAGCAUCAUCGGGAUCGUAAAAGAGAACCGCAGUGACGACCUGUACAUUCUCACGGAAGAUCACGUCGUCUACAAGGUCAUCGAGGAAGGCACCAAGAAGAUCAAGGUCAACGAGGCUGAGCAUGCUGAGCAAAUAGCGCUGGACUGGGAUGAAAACUUGUACUACAUCGGAGCGAACAAUCAACCGUAUGUUGUCGCUUCGGACGGUGCGAAGAAGAUAGAAGGUCUUCCAGCUAACCCAACCUCAGCGUUAAUCUCCAGGCCUCCGAUCACGAUAGAGCACGGAGCGUGGUUUAUUUCCGGGCAACAGCCCUACAUCAUCUAUCCCAACGCGACCAGCAAACCAUACGUAUUCAACGACCAAGAGAAGUUGGAAUAUGAGAAAAGAAAUCGUGCUGUCGAAGCUAUAUUCUUACAAGUGAGGGAGCAAGCAGGGGAAUAACGUAUUAUCUUCGGGUUUCGCGUGUUGUAGAGAUAAUUAAAAUUACUUUUACAGACUGACCGUGUCGGACGCAGUCGGCCAUGACCACGAAAACUGUAAAUAAUUCGAAAAAUUGGGAAGUUAAUAGUGACAAUAACAAACCCGAGGUUAAGCUGUAAAAGUAAUUUUAAUUAUAGACAUAUCGUGUUUUUGUAUGAAAUGAAUGAUUGUUGUGGAA